AUUAAAAUUUCUUUUUAAUUUAGUUAUACUGACUAACAUAAAUAAAAAUACAUUGAAUUAUGAAAAUGGAAACAAGAUUAAAGCAAUUAGAUCAACUGCAUAGUUUUGUCGAAGGAGUCGAUAAAGACUUGACAUUGAUACUACAGAAUUUGCAAUGGGAUCGAAAAAACCUUUUAUCGCGCUUACCAAUGGUAACAUGCCGGUAUAAUAACAACCACAAACUACCCCUGGAGAAGGCUGAAUCUCACCAAACGAAGUGUUUCAUGAAAUUGCAAGGCUAUUCAGAAGAUGAUGAAUUGUUGCCUGAACCAUUGGAUAUUUAUGCAAAUACUCUGGUUAAAUUAAGUACUCAACAAAUCAUUACAAUACUGAAUGAUGCAUCAAGAUGCGACCCAAUGUUUAAGAGUGGCAACAAUUGGGAGAGUCGGUGCUCGGAGCCGUGGAAUCUGGCGCGGCUGCAGGCCACGUACACCGGUGAUGAACGGCGCGCUAUACACGAUGCCGUGGUGCAGGCCGUGCCAUCGUGCCAUGAUCUUGCAGACUUGGCUCUACCCGGAUGUAGUAAUGAUGAGGGAGUGAGUAAAGUGAAGUCCCGUGUUGAGAUCCUGGCCGAGCUGCGCGAUAUGAGACGCCGCCGCACUAAGUACCGCCAAGCUGCCAAGACACGGAACUACUCUGAUGUCCUAAGAGACGUUAUUAAAACUCAGAUGGAGUCAUAUUCGGGAAUGUCGCAGCUUACUGAACAGUCUAAAGAGAAUAAUUCGACAAGAAGUGAUAACAUGUGUAUUCAAAAUGAUUAUCCUAAUAAAUCAUCCUCCAGGGACAGAGAAACUUAUAUUCCCAAUAAAAAUGUAAGAGGAGAAUGUCCUAAUAAAUAUUACAAGUCACACACGAGAGAAACGAACCGAUAUAAUUCAUCGCCAAUAACUAACUAUAGUUCGAAAAGAAUCCAAAAUUCUAGAAAUUAUAACAGUGAGAGACAUCAUUCAUACAGUCAUGAGAAAUACAUUGACAGAGAUAAAAUAUCUACAAAAGAAAAAGCUUAUGAAUAUGAUUACAGAGAGACCAGAGACAAGAAUACAUCGUCAAGUUACAGAAGAUACGAGGACAAAGAUAGAUCUGAUAGAAAUAUUAAAGAAACGCAAACAAGAAAUAGUUACAAAAGAAAGAGAAAUAGAGAUUCUUAUACUUCAGAUGAGUUCAAAGAUUCUAGAACUACAGACAGAGAAUCAAAACAUAGAAGAAAAAGUCGCAGAGACGAACAAUCUCCAAGUUAUAACAAUACUUAUAGGAGCAGAGUCUGUAUCAAAACGGAAAGAUCGAAAUCUCCCGAGAGAUCAAGAUCUGGAAAAACUCGAACUCCGCCGACUCAGAGAAAUAACAGACAUUCAGAACUUUAUACCGAUAUCAAACAAGAAAGAAUUGAUUCACUGGAUAAUGACGAGAAACGAGAUUAUGGCAACACUUCUAGACCAAAAAAUGACACGAAUAUCAAAGUAGAAAAAAUUGAAACUCCAGACUCUCGGCACAAUCACCGUCGAUCUGAAUGUGGAUCCCCUGAUUACAGGGAAGACAGGGAGGACAAUAUAACAAUAAAGAGAGAAAAUGAUCGUAACACAGAUAAAAGAAUUGGGAAUAAACGAGAGAUAAACAGAUCUGACUCUACAUCUAGAGAUAAACAAUUAGAAAGCUCAAGCAGAAGAAUUGUUUAUUACGAAAAAAGUUUAGGAAGACAACAUAGAGAAAGAAAAUCUAAUGAUGUUCCUAUUAAAUAUACUGGAGAGACGGAAACAAAAAGUAGAAAGACAGACCAAGAAAAGACGAUUUCUCAUAGACACGAUCUACACAAAAGACGUAGUUCCAGUACAUCAUCAAGAGACACAACAGAACAUAGACACGAUUGCCGAACACAUGAUAAAUAUAAUUCCAGAGAACAUAGCUUUAGUUAUACAAGAGAUUAUAGAAGAAAGUGUGAUUCAACUAGAUAUAAAAAAUCUAACAUUUUCGAGGAUGAAGACAACAUGAAAUAUGACGUCAGAGACACGGAAACAAGUUACGACGAGAGACGGAAACGCAAAAAAUGUUCUUAA